GCCACACUCCCCUUUCCCCUCCUCCCCCACCCGGACCUCCUCGCUUUCCACCAUUUCGUCGAACACCUUCUCCGAUCGCGCGCCGCCGGCCCAUGGGGAGGCCUCCGAGUAUGAUGGGGCGGCUGUCUCGUCGAGGCUGCUGGAGCUGGCGGCCGACGACGACGCGGCGGCGCUCGCGGACCUCCUCGCCGCGCACCCGUCCAUCGCCGACGACCCCGCGCCGUGGUACUCCCCGGCUCGGGGCGCGGAGCCCAUGACGGCGCUCAUGGUCGCCGCCGCGUACGGGUCCGUGGCAUGCCUCGACGUCCUCCUCUCGCCGCCUCACCUCGCCGACCCGAACCGCGCCUCCGCGUCCUCCCUCUCCACCCCGCUCCACCUCGCCGCCGCAGGUGGCGCCCCGUCCGCGCCCGCCACAGUCAAUCGCCUCCUCGCCGCCGGCGCCGACCCCACCCUCCUCGACCAUCUCCACCGCCGGCCGUCGGACCUCGUCGCGCUGCCGCCCAACUCGCUGCCCCUCAAGAACCACAUCCUCUCCCUCCUCGGCGCCCGCAAGGAGUGGCCGCCGGACCCCUCGCUCCCGGACAUCAAGAACGGCGCCUACGCCUCCGACGACUUCCGCAUGUACUCCUUCAAGGUCCGCGCCUGCUCCAGGGCCUACUCCCACGACUGGACCGAGUGCCCCUUCGUCCACCCCGGCGAGAACGCGCGCCGGAGGGAUCCCAGGAAGUACCACUACAGCUGCGUGCCCUGCCCGGAGUUCAAGAAGGGCGCCGGCUGCAGGAGAGGGGACAUGUGCGAGUACGCGCACGGGGUGUUCGAGAGCUGGCUCCACCCGGCGCAGUACCGGACGCGCCUCUGCAAGGACGGCGUCGGCUGCGCGCGCCGCGUCUGCUUCUUCGCCCACACGCCGGAGGAGCUCCGCCCGCUCUACGUCUCCACGGGCUCGGCCGUGCCGUCCCCGCGCGGCGUCAUGGAGAUGGCGGCCAUGGGGAUGGGGAUGUCCUCGCCGGGCUCUUCGUACACGCCGCCCCUGUCGCCGUCCGGCGGGGGGAGCGGCAUGUCGUGGCCGCAGCCUAACUUGCCGGCGCUGUGCCUGCCUGGCAGCGCCGGGAACCUGCACCUCAGCCGGCUGCGGACCUCGCUGAGCGCCAGGGCCAUGGCGGUCGACGAGCUUCUCGCUGCGGCGGACUACGACAACCAUGUUGGAUCGCCCUCUUCCGUCCGAUCGAUGAGGGGGAAGGCGCUCGUGCCGUCAAAUCUGGAUGAACUCUUCUCGGGGGAGAUGGCGGCCUCCCACUCGCCGCGGUACGCCGACCAGGGCUGCUCUGCGUUCUCGCCCACACACAAAGCCGCCUUUCUGAACCAGUUUCAGCAGCAGCAGAGCUUGCUCUCGCCACGGGCUGCGGCCACCCCGGAGCCGGUCUCCCCAAUGAGCUCCCGGUUGCUCGCAGCACUGGCGCAGCGGGAGAAGAUGCAGCAGCAUACACUGCGGAGCAUGAGCUCACGAGACCUGGGUUCCAGCGCCCCACUCCUCGCCGGCUCACCGGUGGUCGGCUCUAGCUGGUCCAAAUGGGGCCUGCCCUCUGGUGCCCCUGAUUGGGGUGCCGACAACGAUGAGCUCGGCCGCCUCAAGAGGUCAUCGUCGUUUGAUCUCCGGACUGGAGCCAACACCGAUGAGCCGGACCUCUCAUGGGUUAAUACUUUGGUAAAGGAGACCACACCGGAGAAAUCAUCGAUCAACGGAACCAUGGCAACGGAUUCUAUUGGCAUCUUGCGGCGAUCAGCAAAUCACCGUGAGGGCAUUGACAGUGAGGACAAUGGUUUCUUGGGUCCAUCAGCAAAUCACCGCAAGAGCAUUGACAGUGAGGACAUUCACAUCUUGGGUCGGUCAGCAAACCAUUGCGAAGGCAUUGAUGGCGAAGAGGAUGUCGCCGCCGGUGUCAUUGGCAGCUGGCUCGAACAGCUCCAGCUUGAUGAGAUGGUGGUCUAGUCUGAACAAACACACGAAUGAAAGAGGGUGAUAUUAUUUGGCUGCGCUUCACUGGUUGCUACUGCUUACUGCUGCUGCAAGAUACUAGCCUGAUGACAUCUUGCAAGUAAUUCCUGGGGCUACAUUCUUUUGAGGUUGUUUAGCGUAGAAGGUGAUGAGAUUUCUGCCAUUUGGAGUUUGCCCACGGCUCAAGGAAAUGGAGGAAUUGGAACCUAGUCAAUUGUAUCAAAGUUGCGGGCUUGCCUAGGUGAAAUAUUUCUCCCUGUACUAUUUCUACUUUUCUGCCCACUUUCUUGUUGAUCUUUCUAAAUUUGUCUUCCUCCCUGUGAAGAUUGUGAAUUAUUAUGGUAUCUAUUGGCCCCCAUCCUUUGGUUUUCGACCAAGGAUUAGGUGUGGAGAAGGAUCUUACAUCAAAUUGUUGCUCCAUGACUAAUGAUUAUAAUGUAAUAACACAUUGUUGUACUCUGAGAUUCAUGAACAUGAUUGAUGUAAAAUGCCCAAUUGUUGUUUCAAAAUUAAGAUCCGCUAUUGUUCCUUU